AUGUACCCACCGGUGAGAAAACCCUCCAAACAUCUCAAACCACAGCAACACCAAGACCAAACCCAGGAGUUUAUCCAUAACCUGAGAAGAAGUGACAACACUUGGAUUGGUCUGACAGACAAAGACGAAGAGGGCGACUGGAAAUGGUUGGAUGGUACAGCACUGUCCAAUGGAUACUGGCUUAAGGGUCAGCCGGACAGUCAAACAGGAGACCAGGACUGUGCUUCCAUUGGCCAUAAAUCUGAUCCUUUGGAGAGCUGGAGAGAUCAGCAAUGCCUCCUGGAGCUGUAUCGGAUCUGUGAGAUGAGAACAGUCAACUGA